UACGAUUUAAAAACAGUAGCGGGGUUACCGAAGGGGAUGUUGUGUCCAAUCCUCGGAGAAAAACCUACCAAAAACCUCUCCUUUCCAAUCUCUCUCUCUCUCUUCUCGCGUCCACUGUUGCAUCCCGUCUCUCUAUUUAAUCCCAGUUCCGUUAAGGAAGAAUAGCCGAGGCGAAUCGAAGAAGGCAGUGCGAGAGAAAGCGAUGUCUGGCUCUGUUCUUUGGCUCUCUUCGCCCCCAGAGACCGGCCGGAGCUCUGUUCUUCGUCAACAGUUUUUGAGCCGGAGGAGGAAUCGGGGGAGAAGCAGGGGGGAGCGGAGCUGUGGAGUUGUUUUGCCUAAUGGGUGCUCGGUUUUCUCGAGCUUGGUCGCGGCACCGCCGAGGCCUUCGGAAGAGGUGGUCCAUGAUGUGGUCCUCAAGCAGGCGGCGCUGGUCGGAGUGACGAGAAGGAAGAAGGCGGCGGCAAUGGAGGUGUCGGCCCCAAUGGGCUGGAAUCUACUAAAUGAGGCUUAUGAUCGGUGCGGGAAGGUCUGCGCCGAAUAUGCCAAGACUUUCUAUUUGGGAACAUUGCUCAUGACUCCCGAGAGGCGAAGAGCUGUUUGGGCUAUCUACGUAUGGUGCAGAAGAACUGAUGAACUGGUGGAUGGGCCUAACGCCUUCCAUAUAACUCCUACUGCACUGGAUCGGUGGGACAAGAGGUUGAAUGAUCUAUUUGAAGGUCGUCCAUAUGAUAUGUUUGAUGCAGCUCUAUCAGAUACCGUUUCAAAAUUCCCUGUAGAUAUUCAGUUGUUUGUUUUCUCUCCCCCACUUCCACAGCCCUUCAAGGACAUGAUUGAAGGAAUGAGAUUAGACUUGAAGAAAUCAAGAUACAAACACUUUGAUGAGCUAUACCUCUAUUGUUACUAUGUCGCUGGGACAGUGGGGCUUAUGAGUGUUCCAGUAAUGGGCAUCGCCCCAGAUUCUAAGGCUUCAACAGAGAGCAUUUACAACUCUGCCUUGGCACUUGGAAUAGCUAAUCAGCUAACCAACAUACUCAGGGAUGUUGGAGAGGAUGCCAGGAGAGGAAGAAUAUACCUCCCACAAGAUGAACUGGCACAAGCGGGUCUGUCAGAUGACGACAUUUUUCAGGGUAAAGUGACUGAUAAAUGGAGGAAUUUUAUGAAGGAUCAGAUUAAGCGUGCAAAAAUGUUCUUUGAUGAGGCUGAGAAGGGCGUUGCUGAGCUCAAUUCAGCUAGCAGAUGGCCGGUUUCUGCAUCAUUGUUGCUAUAUCGGCAGAUUUUAGAUGCCAUUGAAGCAAAUGAUUAUAACAACUUCAGGAAGCGUGCAUAUGUAGGAAAGACAAAGAAACUAGUCUCAUUACCCAUAGCAUAUGCCAGAGCACUUCUGGGCCCUUCAAAAGUUUCUAGCAUGGCAAAGGUGAAGCUGAUCACAUCGGCAGAAGUUGCAGAUACUGUCCUUGCUCAAUCCAUGAAGAUUAAGGAGGCACUUAGCAAGAUAUUUCCAAAAGAGAGCUUGCAUUAAAAGAGGUUCAUUUGUGCAACCGUGCAAGGUCGACUGCACUAGAAGAUCACAUUACUGUGUCACAAAUCGAAGAAUGGGUCAAUGAACUGCAAACAAGGAUGCAGCAGGGGACUGCCUAGUUUUGUACAGCAGUGAUACCAAGACGGAAAUUUGCCUGAAAAUCGAGACAAGAAACAAAUUCUGAAUUGAUGCUUUGUCUGAGCACAAGAUGAAAAGGAAGUCAUGGUGGUAUUAAAGGGAAGAAACCUGCUAUCCAGAAAAAAGAAAUGAAUAUAAGUGAUGAUUAUACAUUUUGGAAGUAAAUUCAACUGUUAUGGACUCAGCGGGCGGUGUAUUCUUGUCAGACCAUAUCAAUGAGAAAAUCUAAUUAACAAGGAAUGGCUUAAAGACCAGAAGAUCUAUGGGUUGCUGGCAUGGGUGGAUGGACCACCCUUGGUGCUAUAUGGAUUCUUUUCGGUACUAAAAUAGUUUGCAUUAAACAAAGAUGAUUCAUAUACAGUAGUUAAUCACAAUCAGUGUUUCAGAUUAUUGCUCCUCCAGUACCUGCUACUGAUGCAAUUACAGCAAAUUUUUGGACAAAAAAGGACUAAUUCAAGGUUAAGAGCCAGAUGUAAAGUAAUUUUAUGGUAGCCAUGUAUCAUUUUUGUUGAAGAAAAGUAAAGAUGGACUGCACUUGGGACU